GCUCUCGGUGUUGCUGGACUUUUCUCGAACUUUCGGAACGCGUAUAAAAGGCGGCGCCUCUGUCAGGUUCCGAGUUAAGAGAAAAUAAGAACCUGGAGGUCUGAACUGGUGUGUGGAAGUUUCCCUCAAAGUGUCCGGUGGAGUUUAUUAGUGUUAUUUACCGACUGUCUCUGGACGGAGAACAUGGGGAAGGAUUACUACAACAUUUUAGGAAUCCAGAAAGGAGCGUCCGAGGACGAGAUCAAAAAGGCGUAUCGCAAACAAGCGUUAAAAUACCACCCGGAUAAAAACAAGUCCCCCGGGGCUGAGGACAAGUUCAAGGAGAUCGCAGAAGCCUACGAUGUCCUCAGCGACCCCAAAAAGAAGGACAUUUUCGACAAAUUCGGAGAAGAAGGGUUGAAGGGCAGCCCUGGCGGAGGCGGAUCAAAUGGCCCAGGAUUUACGUACUCCUUCCAGGGUGACCCGCAUGCCAUGUUCACUGAAUUUUUUGGUGGGCGGAACCCAUUUGAGCACCUCUUUGGCCGCGGGAUGGGUGGCGAAGAUAUGGACGUGGACGAGCCGUUCGCAAGCUUCGGCAUGGCCGGGCGGGAGGCACUUCAGGAUGAUGGAGAAAAGCAGGACCCACCGGUGACCCACGAGCUCCACCUCAGCCUGGAGGAGGUGUUAAGUGGUUGCACCAAGAAAAUGAAGAUCUCGCGGCGCAGACUGAACCCAGACGGCCAAACUACACGCUCUGAGGAUAAGAUCCUCGCGGUGGAGGUGAAGAAGGGCUGGAAGGAAGGGACCAAGAUUACUUUCCCUAAAGAGGGAGACCAGACCCCAAACAAUAUCCCCGCUGAUGUUGUGUUUAUCGUGAAGGACAAACCGCAUCCGGUGUUUAAGAGAGAUGGCUCGACAUCUCUACCCGUUAAGGUCUCGCUCAAAGAGGCUCUCUGCGGCUGCACGGUCAAGGCCCCUACGUUGGACAAACGCACCAUCACGCUGCCGAUGGAAGACGUCAUCAUCCGUCCCGGGAUGAAGCGACGCGUCACCGGCGAAGGCCUUCCGUUCCCUAAAAGCCCCGAGCGGCGUGGCGAUUUAAUCAUCGAGUUUGACGUGAAAUUCCCAGAGAGACUGACUCGGGAAGCCAAGAACACCAUCGCACAGAUCUUACCUUCGUAACGUUCGCACGUGACUCACACAGGAGAUCGCUAACCUACGAAAGACAAUGUUCUCUGCUGUGCUUUUGCUCUACUGAAAAGACACACACACACACACACACACACACACACACACACACACACACACACACACCCUAAAUGAGCUUUUGUUCAAAAUGCAUUGAAAAAUGUACAAUGACUCCUGGAGAGAUCUUCCACAAGAGGAGCAGAAAAACUCAGCAGCAAGUUCUGACCGAUCCGAGUAGCUUGAAACAUAAAGGACGUUAAAGCA